AUGAGCUUCCUCUCACGCCUGGUAACACUAUUCGGCCUGGUCCUGCUGGCCCACGCAGGCUACUCGGCCCAUGAACACACGAUCCUCUUCAGCAAUACCCGCCUCGCCCUGCCGCAGGAUAUCAUCGUCGAAACUCUAGUCGCCGUCGUCGUGGUCUCUGUCGGCCUGGUGCUGGGUGCGGAGAAACUGAAGCCCAUCAGCUGGCGCGACUGGGCGGGUGAGAUCGAGCGGGAUGGCGGUGCACGGAACCCGUACUUGAGUCUGGAGGAGCGUUAUGGAUUCUGGGAUAUUCGGGCCAAGCGAAAGGAAUUUGCGGAUUGGAUGCGGGGCCCGGAUGUGUUGGAGUGAUAUGGAACGUCAUAUUGGAUGUGAUGCAGUGGUUCUUGUAUAAUAU